AUGUGUGGAAGUAGCUUCAGUCAGUCACUGAUAGUUAGAGUAUGUUUCUGUAGAGCUUCAGUUCAGUCACUGAUAGUUAGAGUAUGUUUCUGUAGAGCUUCAGUUCAGUCACUGAUAGUUAGAGUAUGUUUCUGUAGAGCUUCAGUUCAGUCACUGAUAGUAAGAGUAUGUUUCUUUAGAGCUUCAGUUCAGUCACUGAUAGUUAGAGUAUGUUUCUUUAGAGCUUCAGUUCAGUCACUGAUAGUUAGAGUAUGUUUCUGUAGAGCUUCAGUUCAGUCACUGAUAGUUAGAGUAUGUUUCUGUAGAGCUUCAGUUCAGUCACUGAUAGUUAGAGUAUGUUUCUGUAGAGCUUCAGUUCAGUCACUGAUAGUUAGAGUAUGUUUCUUUAGAGCUUCAGUUCAGUCACUGAUAGUUAGAGUAUGUUUCUAUAGAGCUUCAGUUCAGUCACUGAUAGUAAGAGUAUGUUUCUUUAGAGCUUCAGUUCAGUCACUGAUAGUAAGAGUAUGUUUCUAUAGAGCUUCAGUUCAGUCACUGAUAGUUAGAGUAUGUUUCUAUAGAGCUUCAGUUCAGUCACUGAUAGUAAGAGUAUGUUUCUUUAGAGCUUCAGUUCAGUCACUGAUAGUAAGAGUAUGUUUCUAUAGAGCUUCAGUUCAGUCACUGAUAGUUAGAGUAUGUUUCUGUAGAGCUUCAGUUCAGUCACUGAUAGUUAGAGUAUGUUUCUGUAGAGCUUCAGUUCAGUCACUGAUAGUUAGAGUAUGUUUCUGUAGAGCUUCAGUUCAGUCACUGAUAGUUAGAGUAUGUUUCUUUAGAGCUUCAGUUCAGUCACUGAUAGUUAGAGUAUGUUUCUAUAGAGCUUCAGUUCAGUCACUGAUAGUUAGAGUAUGUUUCUAUAGAGCUUCAGUUCAGUCACUGAUAGUUAGAGUAUGUUUCUAUAGAGCUUCAGUUCAGUCACUGAUAGUUAGAGUAUGUUUCUGUAGAGCUUCAGUUCAGUCAGAUAGUUAG